AUUUUUAGUGUCAAUAUUAUAAAAUACAAUAUUGUUUUGUUAUGUUUUAUACUCGCUAGAUUUAAAAUACAGUACACGCGACAAACAUGUCUCGUAGUAAAAUCUAACAUCUAAUUUUAGAAUUCGUCACAGUUCAUUCGUCUUGUCUCUUGUAUCAACGACAAAGUGCGAGUGCUAAUGUAAUGGUUUUUUAUCGUUAAAAAAUUCCUCAGUCUUUUACUAAAUUAUGUCUGUUACCGAAGGGUACAUAAAAUUUGGCGAAUUUUUUAAGUCCGUUUACGAUGCUGCGAUUACAGAACCGUAUGCAAGUCGUUUCAAAGAGGCAUCUACAAAUGCAGACAGAGAAGGAAUGAUAAAGAUUCUUAUAGAUAUACCGUGCGUAAAAAGUUUAAAAAUUAUCGAAUCAUACAAGGGUAAGGACGAUGUUAAGGCAACAAAAUUGUACGAUAAAAGUCGUGAAACGAUUAUUAAGGAUGGAGUUGUGCACGAAGAAGAAAAUAGAAUUAGUAUCCUUACCGAAACGCUGUUUACAGCCAGUGUAUCUAGUAGAUUGUUCCUGGACGCGCUUUUAGAUUGCGCCCAAUAUUGGUAUCAUUCGAAUGCUUUUUUAAAAUGCUUAAAAUACUGUGAAUGCAUGCUUGCUCUUCCUGCAAAUUUUUACGAUAGAACCAUCGAGAGUACGAACGAUUUUUUGGAGCGUAGAAAAGCAUGCACCCAUUUAGAACGCGAAUGUUCCAAAAAGUUGAAAGUGUUGCCUUCUCAAGGCAAGAAACAGCGUAGGAAAUUCAACGCGAAUCAAUGCGUUUCUUUGGAGAACGCAUCAUUAGUAAACCAUCUGACGAUACCUUCCAUUGAUGGAAAAAAGCAUGCUAUUCUUGAAAGUUGUUCAGAUGCUGUGGCUUUACAAUUUGAUGAGAAACGUGGCCGACAUCUCGUAGCUACCAGAAAUAUUAAAGCAGGGUGUGUUCUUAUAGUGGAAUCACCGUUUGCUUUCAGCACAAACAACGAGGCACUCGAACGAAAUUGCUUACAUUGUCAUGUCACCCUCGAGAUGAAUGACAGUGUUAAAAUUCCUUGCCACUUUUGUCAAGCAGUGUCCUUUUGUUCAGAAAAAUGUCGCAACGAAGCGUGGAGAAUGUAUCAUCGAUACGAGUGUUCCAUAUUCGACGCCUUUUAUGACAACGAUUCUGAACAAUCACGACAAUCUUCACACCUGCUUUUAGCUUAUAGAAUGACAAUCGCAGGAGCCUUGUCUUCAAAUGCUGAAGAAGUUGAAAACGAUACGGAAAAAAAAGAAAUUCCGUAUCUGAAUGAUAACUUUCUUCGAUAUCACAGUACAAAUACGAAUCAAGAAUGCAGCAACUUAGGAACAAACGAAAUUUAUAAUCCUCGUGAUUAUCGUACUAUAUUAAAAUUAGAAACUCAUUGCGAAAGGAUAGAAGCUAGCAUAAAUCUGAUUCGUGCUAUCGAAGCAAUAUUUUUAGCAAAAUGUCUUACAUUUGUCUUGAGUAAAAUGGACGUUGUUUGCUUAAAAGAAACCUUUAUCACCUUAGCAGUAGCAACGUUGCACCAUUUACAGGCUAUAAAUUGCAAUGCUUACGAGAUCGUAGAAAAUUUGUAUGACAAGAAAACGCAUGUUUGGGAACCGAGACUCGUAGGUGGGGCAAUUUAUCCUUCUGUUAGCCUGGUAAAUCAUAGCUGUUAUCCAAAUGUCGUUCGUCAUUCUUAUCCAUCAGGAAUAGUAGUGGUAAGAAGUAUACGCUUUAUCGGUAAGGGAACCGAAAUCGUUGACUGUUACGGACCACACUGUCUUAGCGAGGGAAGAUUAUCAAGACGCGAAUACUUGUGGAAAAAGUAUCGUUUUCUGUGUGCAUGCGAGGCUUGUACACAAAAUUGGCAAUACCCAUUACCUGAAACAAUAAAUUAUAAAUGCAGGGCAUGCUUAGAACCUAUUAAUAUAUUCGUUUCAAAUGAAAAAGAUGCACAAAAUGUAUCGAUUAAGAAAUGCCACAAAUGUAAUGAGAAAAUCGAUUGUAAGAAGAUAAAAAAUCAAUUUCGAAAAUCAGUUGAGAAAAGAUUAAACGCUGUGUCUAAAAUGUACGAAGGCCAUUAUGAACAGGCUCUACCUCAAUUGUUUGAGCACAUACAGUUUAUUGAAAAGUUCUUUGCUGCACCCAACAUUGAAACUAUCAAAACACAACAAUGUAUCAUUCAAUGUUACAAUCAGUUUGGCUGCAUAUCUCAAUAACAAUAAGUCAACAAAAGUGUUGAAAUGUGUACACAUUUAUAAUUACACGUAUGGUAUAGAUGUGUACACACAUAUAUAUAUAUAUAUACUUAUAAUGUAUAUGAAUGUGGGUGUGUACAAUAUACACAUGUGCGUACACGCACGUAUAUACAUA